UUCAACAAAUUGUUGUUCCUUCUGAAACUUCUGAACAAUUGUAUAAACUCCUACAUAUAAUCGACCAACUAAAGUUCCAAAACGACGGUGCCAGGCCUCAACUUUAUUUUGAGUUCUUGGAACACCUAAAUGGAGAGUGUCAUAAACAGACCACAAGUGAGGAGGAUAAAGAGGUUGGUUACAAAUAA